AUUCACAGCCAAGAAACACGCUUGUCGUACCCGUAUCGCUCUCGCCAGUACGAUCAAGGUUCUGUUGUUUACGGUGCCGCAGCCGACAACUGCAAGCAACGAAAACCCGUCCUGCUUCGUUGACGAAUGCGCGAAUCUCACGCAGUGUCCUUCCCCGUCCUCGCACACGAUGUGAAGAAGAUGACCAGUGUACUCCAGGACGGACUAACCUCACCCUGCGUCGGUUCUUACUUCGGACGCAGCGGUGUCCUCGAGACCUACGUCAGGGGACAAUGGUACCGUGUCUUCGUAGCCCUAGAAGACGAUUUCUUGUGCAUCACCUUGGACGAGUCCUACGAGAACACUACCACCCUUAACGGGACUCUGAACAAUAAUAUAGAGACUCCUGGAGGUCCAUGUGAGACUCCUGAUGUACCUGAUUCGGUAGCCAAUCAGAAAAGAUCAGUGCGCGUGGUGAAAUCGGAGAAUAACGGGCUGGGGAUCUCGAUCAAGGGCGGCAGGGAGAACAAGAUGCCGAUUUUGAUCAGUAAGAUCUUCAAGGGCAUGGCGGCCGAUCAGACUGAGCAGUUGUACGUUGGUGACGCGAUUCUGAGUGUGAACGGUGAUGAUUUGAGGGAGGCGACUCACGACGAGGCUGUUAAAGCGCUGAAGAAAGCUGGAAAGGUGGUGGAAUUGGAAGUAAAAUACCUACGAGAAGUGACGCCUUACUUUCGAAAAGCCAGCAUCAUAUCUGAAGUGGGUUGGGAACUUCAAAGAGGGUUCUUGUCUGGUGCCCCACCAGUGGUAAGGUUCCCCCAAAGAGCAGAUACCCGUUAUUUACCCCUACAACUGUGUCAUUUGGCCAGGAAUUUCAGAUAUCCAGACCCAGAGGGUAGAACGCUGGAACUGCACUCUCCGGACGCGGUGCACAGUUGCGUCCUGCGGGCGUCCGAUGCCGGCGAGGCCGUGGCAUGGUUCAACACGUUGCAUUCUGCCCUGGCCAUCCUCACCACGUCGGCGUUGCACGAUGCCUCGAGGGCCAUUCCGGACCUGAGGCACAUCGGAUGGUUGCUGAGGAAACCCAGGACAGAGAUCAACAUGUCCAGCUCGGAAAGCUCGGAAGACAGCGACCACCGGUGGAACUCCAUCUUCGCCGCGGUGACAGACAGCGAGCUGCGCUUCUACGAGAGCGCCCCCUGGUCGGGGGAGGCGUGGCGCGCCCCCGCCGAAGCUUACUCGCUCAUCGCCACACGCCUCGUGGGCUCAGGGAAGAGGGACGACUUUCCCGAGUUCAGCAUCAGGUGCGCCACAGUCGAGGGGGUGGUUACGCACAGUCUGAGGGCGGAAACGCAUCGGGACCUGGCCGUGUGGGCCAAGGCGCUGGUUAACGGGAGUCACGCCAGUGCCGUCACGCAGAAGGAGUUGGUUUGUCGAUGUCUAUGGAAAGGUAGACCAGCGCAACUGGUUAUCCACUAUGAAAACGGAUUCACAUUACUAGAGUCAGGUACAGGAUCAAGAACAUUGUGGAGGUACUCUUUCGACAGGCUUCGAAACUCUUCAGAUGACGGAAAGAGAUUUUUAUGGUUGGAUUUUGGUAAUACAGAAGAAGGUGAAGUGGAACUGGACAUCGAGGGAUGUCCCAAACCCAUCGUCUUUAUCCUACAUAACUUCUUAUCUGCCAAAAUCCAUCGAUUAGGACUGACAGCGUAAGGGUGUCCCAAAAACAUCGGUGCAUUGGACACUAAUCAAAGAAGAAUGAAGAAUUUGUCAAUUAGUAGUUAAGACUACAUUUAAACCUCAGAAAGGUUUAAAAACAUUCGCAAGAGAGCGAAGAAGAAAAAUCCAAAAUAUUGUCAUCGAAAUAAGAGUUCGAAAAUAUCAGUAUUAAGUGAGAAUAAAUCACACAAUUUUACAGAAUAUGUAUAAUCAAAAACUGCAGAGACUACGGCCAGGAAAUGGCUGAAUAUUAUAGCGUGUUUUUAUUGGCGAAAUUUAUACAACUUUAUACAGGGUGGUCCGAACUGUAUUCCGGAAACUUCGGCAGCAUAUUCUACAGAUAAAAAUAAUUAAAAAAGAUCGUAAAAAUGUAUGUCCUAAAAUGGCU